AGCAUCAUUUCUUACCUGUCUCAUAAUCACAAAUACGACCAAACACCCUCUAUAUCCAGGGACCACCGCUUCUUCGGAUUUCUCAGUCUGCUUGGUAAGACUAAGAACUUGCUAUUAGCCUUUUCGUCAUCGAGCUCACCAUCAGCUACUCACUCGCAUAAUCUUCACUUUACCCAUAUUCAGUCCGGUCGACCCCUGCAGCUGCUCAGGGCUCUGCGGCUUCUUCCUCCAGACCGAAACCGAAGAAACCCUGCUGCGGAGAGUGCGCGAACUGCGACCACAAUAAGCCUCCCAAGAUGUUCAACCUCUCUGAGAACUCUAGCCUUCGCGGCUCCGGCCACAUGAUUCUUAACGUCUUCCGGGCGUUUAACAUCAUCGGUCUCCUAGCCGUGAGCGCCUCGGCCUGGGUCAUGAUCGUCAUGUCCAUUCUCAAGGGCCACUUCGAUUUCUUCGUCUCCGCCUCGCACUUCUUCACCUUCUCUGUCGCCAUCUUUCUCAUUAUUUCGGAGCUGAACGUCUUCCGCCACUAUUUCGAGCGCAACUGGCCGAUCCUCUCCUGCGAGCAUGGCCUCAGCUGGCUGGGCAUCGCCAUGAUCGUCAUGGGCUGUCAAGUACUCGCCAACAGCACCAACCCUGCCUUUUCCGUUGAAACCAUUGGCUUGCCCCUGUGGCGCCUGAUCCUUGCCUCGGGCGUUCUCGCCAUCACGUUCGGCUUCUUCAACGUUAUCUCGUCCAUCAUUUUCUGCGACAGACAUAACGGCAUCAAUUCCCGUAACAUCCGCAGUGAUGGCACACUCGCCUCGGGCAAGAACUCGCUCGUCGACGGUUACUCGGUUCGGAGCAACUCUAUCCACAAUGAAAAGCAACAGAACAAGUUCAAGCGCUUUACGCAGAACUUCUCUACUCCGUGGAACAAGAGCAAGGCCACUACCGCUGCGCGCCCCAACAUCAGCGGCCCGUUCGUGCCCGACCUCGAGCAGGGCCACACUUCCGACAGGAGCUGGGAUGAGGACCGCCGCAGCCCCAUCAUGCCCGAGAUCAACCGUCCGCCCACUGCGUUGCAUCCCAUGAACACUGGCAACACCCGCUUCACCAAGUACAGCGAGGUCAGUGAUAUGACGCGCUUCUGAGUAUGGAUGCAGCAGGGAAUCUGCGACGUGACCUUUCUCCAUAAAGAGAAAGACUAAUGAUCAAUGGUGAACAGUUGGCAUGGCAGGCCUAAUACAGCAGAAUGUGUAUCCUCCGAUGAUCAGGGGUAGUGGCGUUAUAAGGAUUAUUUAAUUUGGCCAAGAGGGUAAGGAAAACAAUACCCAGAACGACGGCACGGUGUUUGGCAGGGAAUUUGGCAUUUGAGAAAACUUU